AGAAAGAGAGAGAGCGAGAGAGAGAGAGAGAGAGAGACGCCACCGAAACCAAUCAACAGGGCCGUCCAGCACCUGAACCAUCAAUCGGCUUUAUGAGUCCGGACGAUCAAUCAAGCUGCUGUUAACCUUCGGAAGAAGCGUGGACGUAUAAUUCACCGUCACCGGCUUGUUUCCUGACUUAUUGUCGCUGACAACAUGGCUGAAUGUAACGUUAGCAUCGACCAGAAUGAGCUGCCCGGAGUGAAAGAGGUGUGCCGAGACUUUGCUGUGCUGGAGGACCACUGCCUUGCCUACAAUCUGCAGGAACAAGAAAUUGAGAGCCACUUGGCGUCCAACGUCCACAAGAGCCGCCUGGUGCAGAAGGACCUGCAGGUGGCCAAGAAACUGCAGGAAGAGGAGGAUAAGAGGGCAAAGAUCCAGAGCCAGAAACAGCACGUUGACAUCGAGCGCCAAGAUAACGAGAUCGCCCAGGAGAUUCAGGAAGAACUGGUCCGACAGGCAGAACACCAACGACAGCAGGAAGAAAAGGAUGCGGCCAUUGCUCGUAAGCUGCAGGAAAAGGAGAUGAAAGAGGAGCGGAGGAGACAGAAACAGCUGGAAGCAACUUUUGAGGAGGAGUACUUUGAGGAUCAUGGAGCUGCAAGAAGACCUCUUGAUUUGGACAAACACACCCGCCUCAAAUCCACCUCACCAGGCCGACAUGAUGAACAUGCCCCAGUGGGCUCACAUCGUGACUACUCUCCAGAUUGUAGCUCAACAGAGCCCAAAAGGAGCAGGUACCCAAGACAGGACCCAGCAGCACCCCACAGCCAUUCCAGAUACCCUGAGCACCACCUGGUGGCAGAAGGAGGGCGAAGCAGGCAUGCAGAUCCAUACCCGGAGCACCUGCUGCCCUCUAGAAGAAAGCAUGGGGACAGGUACCCGGAGUAUGAACCCACACAGACCGGUAGAGCCAGAGGCCACGGGGGGGAGGACCCAGAGAGAGUGGUCAGGAGCAAGGAAAGACCAGCCAGACCACCUCCGCCACAUACCCACAUGGAGAGGGACAGGCAUCGAGACAAGAGCAGAGACCUCGACUUGGAGAAACAUGCGGGAAAAGACCAGAGGAGAGGCAGAGAGCAGGACCUCAGGGGGAUGAGAGCAGGAGGACGAGACAGGGAAAGAUCCAGAGAUAGAGGACAGAGUGGGGACAGAUACAGAGAGAGAGAAAGGCAAAGACAAAAAGAAAAAGAGAGCGCACGAGCAAGAACCAGGAGCAUGGAGAGAGGACUGGAUGAGGAUUAUUUGGAGCAGGGUCAUGGCAGGGAAGGGUCGCGGGAGGGCAGGGCUUCCUGGUUUGAGGAAGAGGACGAGGGUGAGAGGAGAGCCAGGGGUCGACAGCGUGUCCAAUCCAACCCGGAAGAGGUGUUUGAUGAGUCCAGGGCCAACGAAGGCAGAGGGGACGCCAGGGAAUUGUGGGACCCUCGGCAGGGGGAGGGUCCCAGCAAGGAACGCAAUCAUUCUCAUCCCAGCGCAGAGACAGGUCGUAUUGUGCACCGGGGGAGUGGAGCAGUCAUAGCGGAAACUGAGCUCAAGCUGAGCGAAGCCACCAAGGGCCUGACGAAGCUGGAUAUCAGAGAGCAGGAGCUGAAGGACAUGGAGGUGGCCAGGAAACUGCAAGAUGAGGAAAUCAAGGUGGGGAAGGAAGCCAGACAGGCGACCAAGGGGAACGUACGUGCAGCCCAAGUGGCGCAGGAUGAGGAAAUUGCCCGGCUGCUGAUGGAACAAGAGAAAAAGGAGUACAGGAAGAAUCGAGACCGGGAGAAAGAGAAGGAACGAGAGAGGGAGAGGUUGGCCAUGGAGAGAAUGGCAAUGGAAAGGAGGCGGCCAGAGGGAGACUACAGGCCAAAUUCGGAGGAAGUCGUGCGGCCCAGAACACGAGAGGAGUAUGAACACCAGAAGCAGAAGAACCACAACAAGCCUGCCAGGCCUCCUCAGCCUCGACCACACGACUAUGAGAAUGUUAAUCCUGGUUUUGGCUACUCGGACCAUCCUGCCCCUCCGCGCGCUCCCACCAGACCUGAGGCUGCUUACAAAGGUGCCUAUUACAAGCGGUGACUCAGGCCACGUCCAGGCAAUGCUGUCAGUCCUUUUUUAUUUUAUAUAUAUAUAUAAUUUAUCUUUUUGUUUUCAACCAUUCACUCCCUUUUGACCAAAAGCUUUGGGACAAUCUAAUGAGUUUGCAAUGGCUUUUUUCUUUCACCCUCCAAAGUUUGCCCAGAGUUAAGGAAGCGGGUCAGUGAGUGCUGGAACCAUACUCAUCUUUUCCUCUUUUUUUUUUUAUUCGUAAAUUCUGAUUAAUGUUAUUUCUUUUAACUGACUCAACACCAAGACAAGCCAAACUAGCAGCCUUGCGACAUAACUCCCAUUAUUCUUAGCUGUUGAAAUGGAGGAACCGGCUCCUUGUCCGCUGUGCUCGUCGUGUGCUGAUGUUCGUCCCAUCUGCGGACCAUGCCAUCACAAGGGCUCGAGGCCUCUGCUGGAUAUAACCAUGCAAUCUCAGAUUUCCUCAUGACUCUUCAUGGGACGUGCCUGUCUGGUCCAACAUGGAUGCUACAGUGUCUUAGAUUCCAACACGGCAGCUGCUUUGUAUCACCCAUGCUGCAGAUCUGCUCUCGUCAUGCUGUUCAACGAGGCUCCGCAGGCCUUAUCCAUGUGCCACACAGCGUAGGACUCCGGAGGGACACGUUUCCAUUGCUGUAUUACAACAAAACAACAAAAAAAGCCUUUUAUCAAGAUGCUGGUCGUUCUGACAUUUACCGCGUUGUUCCAGUGCAGAGGAGGCGGAGCUUUGUGAUGAUCCAUGGACAUUUUAAAUGCGUCUUUUUCAGCUUGUGACAGGGGACAUUUAUUGUCCCCGUCGCCCUCCUACUGAAAGUGGACGGAUGAUAUUCUGUGUAUGACUCACUGUUUAUAUGUGCAUGCUUACUGAAAGUGUACAACUGUGUACAUGCAUUUCAGCUCUAUACCCAAUGAUCUGGCUGGCUCUUCGUUUUUGUUAGAAAGGGCUAAAGCCACAAAAUGCCAAUAAUCUUCUCCCCAGUGAAUGAACAAAACGUGUGCUCGCUCAUAUACUGCUGUACAAUAUAUCACCUUCCUGCCAAUGUUGCAUAUCGGCUUGCCAACUCCAAACCAAAACUGGCUCGUAAAAGAACCAGAAAUGAAAUGCAUGUACAUCGGCUUGUCUGUGUCAAACCUGAAUUCAUGCCUGUGCUUAUGGCACAGAAAUUGUGCGAUUGAAUAUCUGCUUAUAUUUUAUUUAAAUGUAAAUAUCUCUGUUUUUUUUAAUUCAACUUGUGUUACCAAAUCAUGCGCCCCAUUGUGGAACAUACAAGAUUCUCUCUUUAGUCCUAAAAUCUUGUGUCCCACCAGGAAUUUUUGUUCAGAAAGGGAGCCUUAUAAUUUAUUUUUAUACAGUACUUUGUUGCUUUUUCCUCAGAUUGUUCCCAAAAGUUCCCCACGUCACUUCCAGUCCUCUUAUCUUUGUCUGAAACUCAAAGGCAGAGAUCAUUUCCUGCCUGCAGAGACCGUUCCAACAAUGGAAGUGUGUCUGGAUUGAGGGGAAUUUAUUGACAUAAAAUAAAUAUUACUGCUUAAAGGGACAGUUUUUCUUUUCUUUUAGUUUUUUUUUUUUUAUCUGCUCCAGAAUCCAUGAUUUUCUGUUAUUGAAGAAGGAUCUUAUAUAAAAUGCAUAGCACAUUUAAACUCUGCGUUGACUGAAAUGUUUGUGUGAAGUCAACAAACAUUCAGUCUUUGAACAUUCAGGUGGACUCGGCUGGCCUCAGCGCUCCUUCCAUGUUCUCUCGUAAAAUAAAUGUCCCUGAAAUUAUGAA